GUGUAAUACUAGUAGUAAAACGUAUUCCUAUCAUCGUUAACUGUCAAAUAAAUAUGACUGAAAAUUGAAAAAAAAAAAACAGUAUUAAUAUUACUUAACAGCAGUUUUUCAUCAAUUAAUAUGAGUGGAAAGCGCAUAAAAUUAAGUGGUGCUGAAUUUCGCAAAAGAGCUGAGGAAAAAAAUAAAAAAGACAAACUAAUUAUUUCUCAGACAUCUAAAAUUCAAAGUUUCUUCAAAAAGAAACCUGAAUCUGUUGAAUUAAUUGAAAAAUCAUUAAAAAUCAAUCAAUCUGAUGAACUUGUUGAAAAAUUGCUAAAAACUGAUGACGAAACUUUAAAUUCUGAUAUUCAAGUAUUUUCUAAAACUACUAAUGUUCCAAUUUGUCCAUCACAAGAUCCAGCUUUAUGGGAAAUAAAUUCUGACAUGAUUGAUUUUUUUAUUCGUAACCCAGUUGUAUCAAAUCCUAAAAUAAUUAAUUUUGAUAAUACUAUUCGUAAAUGUGGCGAAUUUAAUAGGAAGUUACCACAUGAUAUUUUCAAAAGAAAACUUUUGAACGGUGAAAUAAAAGAUAGACAAUGGUUACUAUACUCAACAUCAAAAAACGCAUUAUUUUGUUUUUACUGUCUUUUAUUUUCUAAUAAAAAAACACAGUUUAGUUCCACCAAUUCAGGAUUUACUGAUUGGAAAAAAUGUUUAGAAAAAGUUGAACAACACGAAAAGAAUUUGACGCAUAAUGAAUCUAUUCGCAUAUGGUUCUCGAGACGUAAAAUAACUACAGGUAUUGAUGUUGAGUUAAAAAUUGAAUUCGAAAAAAGAGAACUUUAUUGGAGAAAUAUAAUUCACCGUUUAAUUGAAACAAUUAUAUUUUUAUCUGGCAGAGGUCUUGCAUUUCGUGGCAAUAAUGAGACCUUGGGUUCUAAAAAUAAUGGCAAUUAUCUCGGUUGUUUAGAAUUAAUUGCGAAAUUCGAUCCAUUAAUGUCCAAACAUCUUGACGAGUACGGUAAUAAAGGCCGUGGAAAUGUCUCAUAUCUGUCCCACACUAUUUGCGAUGAGUUAAUAACACUUAUGAACAAAUAUGUACUUAAUAAUAUUGUAAAUGAAGUAACGGUAGCUAAAUAUUUCUCGUUAAUCGUAGAUUCUACUCCCGAUAUCACAAAAUUUGAUCAAUUAACAAUUGCUAUUAGAUACGUUAAUUUAGAUGGGACUGCAGUAGAACGGUUUUUAUGUUUUAUUCCAUCGGUUGGACAUAAAAGUAAAGAAAUGGAAGUUGCAAUAUUAACGAAAUUAACUGAAUUAGAUAUCAACAUAAGUUAUUGUCGUGGACAAUCCUACGACAAUGCCAGGAAUAUGUCAGGUAUGUAUAACGGCUUACAAGUUCGAAUCAAAGAAAAAUCAAAAAACGCAAUUUUUAGUCCAUGCUCAGCACAUUCAUUGAAUUUGGUUGGUUGUCAUGCUGCUGAUGUAACUAAGGAAGGUUAUAACUUUUUUUCACUUGCCCAAAAUAUCUAUGUAUUUUUUGCGGCAUCGACAUGGCGAUGGGAACAACUUUUAAUAAGUUUAAAAAAUAUACCAAACUCAAUGUUUGUAAAAAACUUAUGUCCAACGAGAUGGUCAUCAAGAUUUAGUGUUUGUAAGAGCUUGAAAAUCGGGUUUAAAGGAGUGUUAAAUUCAUUAAAAUCUAUAGCUUUAAAUUUGGAUCAGAAAGCUGGUAUAAGACAUGAAGCAGAAUCCAUGUAUAAGAAAAUUGACACGCUCGAGUUCUCAUUUAUGAUAGCUCUGUGGACUCCAAUAUUAGAAAGAUUCGAUGCCACAAGUAAAAAUUUACAACGUAUUAAUAUUGAUUUGGGUUGUGUUGUGAAAUUGUAUGAAUCUCUAGAAAUGUAUAUACAAGAUAUAAGAAAUAGGUUCGAUAUUAUGAUGAGUUGGGCUUAA